CAGCUCUCUCGCUCGCAGCUCGGCGGGCGGCUAGUCCGCCGCUGACUCGGAGGGAGACGGGGAGCGCUGGCCGCGGCGCCGCCUGAGGGAGGCUCGCCGCGCGCGUCCCGGCGGCGUCCGUCCGAGGCGGGCGCGGACUAUGAGAAGAUGGUCGUGCAGGCGCGGAGCAAGCACCGAGAGGCGGCGGCCGCUCCCCCCCGCGCCUCCCCGCAGCCGCGCCGGGCCGUGGGCGCCGGCGAGCCCGAGCUCGAGCGGGAGCUGCCCGGCGGCCGUGGGCUCCCGGCGGCGCCCCCCAGCGGCGGGCGGCGGCCCGGCAGGAAGGGGCAGCGGCCCGAGCCCGCGCACCCCCAGCGCAGCCUCCUGUCCCGCGUGUCGGCGGAGCUCCGCGCCCGGCUGGGCCCGCGGGGCCGGACGUGGACCACGCUGCUUCUCGCUGCUUUUGCUGGGAUUUUGCACUGGAGUCACAUAACAAGUCUCUUUGAAAAUGAUCGCCACUUUUCUCACCUCUCAACACUGGAAAGGGAGAUGACUUUUCGCACCGAAAUGGGACUUUAUUAUUCCUAUUUCAAAACCAUUGUAGAAGCUCCUUCAUUUUAUAAUGGAGUGUGGAUGAUUAUGAAUGACAAGCUCACGGAAUAUCCUUUUGUGAUUAAUACAUUGAAACGGUUCAAUCUUUAUCCAGAGGUAAUCUUAGCCAGUUGGUAUCGCAUUUACACCUGGAUAAUGGACCUGAUUGGUGUUCAGACCAAGAUAUGCUGGACUGUUACCCGAGGAGAAGGGCUUAGUCCUAUAGAAAGCUGUGAAGGAUUGGGAGACCCUGCUUGCUUUUACGUCGCAGUGAUUUUUCUAUUAAAUGGACUAAUGAUGGCUUUGUUUUUCAUUUACGGCACAUAUUUAAGUGGGAGUCGACUAGGAGGCCUAGUUACAGUAUUGUGCUUUUUUUUCAACCAUGGAGAGUGCACACGCGUGAUGUGGACCCCGCCUCUUCGUGAAAGUUUCUCAUAUCCAUUCCUUGUACUUCAGAUGUUACUUGUGACUCAUAUCCUCAGGGCUACGAAUGUUUAUAGAGGAAGCUUGAUUGCACUCUGCAUUUCAAAUAUCUUUUUCAUGCUUCCUUGGCAGUUUGCUCAGUUUGUCCUUCUCACUCAGAUAGCAUCAUUAUUUGCUGUAUAUGUCGUCGGUUACAUUGAUUUAUAUAAGUUAAAGAAGAUCAUUUACAUCCACAUGAUCUCUCUUGCACUUUGUUUUGUUUUGAUGUUUGGAAACUCAAUGUUACUGACUUCUUAUUAUGCCUCCUCUUUGGUGAUUAUCUGGGGCGUCCUGGCAGUGAAACCGCAUCUCCUGAAAGCAAAUGUGUCUGAACUCAGUUUAUGGGUUAUUCAAGGAUGUACUUGGUUGUUUGGAACAGUCUUAUUGAAGUACUUGACCUCUAAGAUCUUAGGCAUCGCCGACGAUGCUCACAUAAGCAACUUGUUAACAUCCAAAUUCUUCAGUUACAAGGAUUUUGACACUUUAAUGUACACCUGUGCUGCAGAGUUUGACUUCAUGGAAAAAGAGACUCCGCUGAGGUACACGACGACAUUGCUACUUCCGGUUGUUCUUGUGGUAUUUGCCGCGAUUGUUAGAAGGACUGUCAGUGAUAUUUUGUGUGUGUUGUCUAAGCAGCGUACACAUAUAAGGAAACACCAGUUUGACCAUGGAGAGUUGGUUUAUCAUGCAUUGCAACUAUUAGCUUAUACAGUCCUUGGUAUUUUAAUUAUGAGACUGAAACUAUUUCUGACACCGCACAUGUGUGUCAUGGCUUCUUUGAUCUGCUCGAGACAGCUCUUUGGGUGGCUCUUUUGCAAAGUGCACCCCAGCACCGUUGUUUUCGCUGUAUUAGCCAUCAUGUCAGUGCAAGGCUCUGCCAACCUGCAGCACCAGUGGAGCAUCAUUGGGGAGUUCAGCAAUUUGCCACAGGAGGAGCUCAUUGAGUGGAUCAAAUUUAACACCAAACCAGAUGCUGUUUUUGCCGGUGCAAUGCCCACAAUGGCAAGUGUUAAACUUUCUGCACUACGACCCAUUGUUAACCAUCCACAUUAUGAGGAUGCAGGCUUGAGGGCAAGAACAAAAAUUGUUUACUCGAUGUACAGUCGAAAACCAGCAGAAGAAGUGAAGCAGGAAUUGUUCAAAUUAAGAGUGAACUAUUACAUUCUCGAAGAGUCAUGGUGUAUAAGAAGAACCAAGCCUGGUUGCAGUAUGCCUGAGAUAUGGGAUGUGGAAGAUCCUUCCAAUGCUGGCAAAGCCCCACUAUGCAGCAUCUUGGUAAAGGACUCGAGACCUCAUUUUGCCACAGCAUUCCAAAACAGAAUUUACAAAGUGCUGGAAGUUAUUAAAGAGAGAUAAAUGCUGCUUGAACCACUGUAGGAGAAAGAACCAUGUUAGAAAGUGUUGUUUAAUCUUUUGCUAUUAACUCAUUAAGAUCGUUUCCAUUUACAUCUCAAAAGUUUUAUAGGAAAGUUUUCAAAUAUAAAACAUUUUAGUUUAAAAAAGUUGUCAACCAGAUAAUAAUUACUUUUAACUUUAUUACAUAAUUUCUGUUAAAGUCAUGCCUUUGAAAUUUGCUAUGCAAAUUAUCACAUGCUUACAUAUCCCAUGAACAAAUAUCCGUCCUACAAAAACUGAGUAAGGGGCCUGUGUCGAAGAGACGGAAGAUACUGACUGUAGCCCUGAAAUAGGGCUGAUGCUGGGAUCCUCUGCCCCACUUCCCCUCUUCAUCCUUCCACACUUCCAGUACUUAAUCACCCUCUCCUGCCAGAUGGUGAACAGGGCAAGGGGGAGAUGAGAAAAUUCAAGGCGGUAGCUUAGGCUGGUUGGUAGGAGCUCUAGUGAAAAGAAUUGGCCAAGCAGCCAUGAAGAGUCCUCUCUAGAGGAGAAUUUUCUUUGGAUUUCAUUUUCUUACGUCCUCACUGUUGUCCAUUGCCAUGAGCAAUCCAGUGUUCCCUGCCUCUAAGUUAAUUCAAACGCUUUUACAUAGUGGUUAUGAUUUUUGCCUGUGUUAUCAUUGAGCAACAGGCUCCUUAAAAUAUUAACCAUUAUAAUACAUUUUUUUCCCGUACCUUACUCAUUACCUGAAUAUUGGUAAGAUUUCUCUACAUCUGAGAAAUUCACUUCUUCCUGAAAACCUUGUAAAUAUUUUUUUUACUUUUUCAAUGUACUAAAUAUAUUUCAUGGUUUUUAGCCAUUUUUAAGCUUACUAUAUUUUUAGUUGCGAUAAGGUGCAAAAAAAUCUUGAAAGUCUCCCAAUAUAUUCUAUA